ACUCUAUUCCAUUUCACAUUUUCCAUUGUCAGUAUGGCAAGCGAACUUACCCCAGAGGGUCAAGUCAUCCCUCCGUUCAAUAUCACUGCACCUGCUCCUGUAAUCAGCCUCAAGGGAUUCAAAUGGGAUACCGUGGACGAAGUCGUUCAGGGCUUCGAGAAGAAGCCAUCUGACGAGCUCGAGGGACCUGGUGCAGUCGAACAAACUCCGCUUUUCGCUGCCUCACUCGAUGCAAAAGUCACAGCACAGGAGCAGCCGCUCCAAGUAGGCGAGUUGCCCGCACCAAGGUUGCCGUUGUCGCCAGAAUCACUGGGGGCCCAGUUGCCAGGACAGCUAGGACUGGUUCCAGGACUACCUGCACCUCCAGCUCCUCUCUUUCCACUCGCCCAAUUCCAGGGUGCGUAUGCUGGUAAUGGAUUCAACCUCAUCUUCCGCCCUCGCCCGAGCGAUGACGCGACGCCGUUCGAGCAGACACCAGUUGGCCCGAAUGACAAUAUUCUUGAACUCAACCUCACUACGGAGCAAUUGACUUUCGGCGAGACUAUUGGUGACAUCCCCAAUCGCGGGUUGAACAUCAACAAUCAGUCCGAUAUUACCCUUGGAGGUUUCCCGUACCUUCAGACCAUCCAAGACGUCACUAACAGGGAGACUGGAAAGGGUGAUAGAACCAACCCUACCGGUAUUCACUUCGAGCCUGGCAUGUGGCUCAACAUCCCAGAGACAACCAGCCCCAAAAACGGACCAAGUGUAUGCCGUAUGGCCUCCAUUCCACAUGGCACGACCAUCAAUGCGCAAGCCUUAUCUCCCCAACAACAGGCUACCACUCUUGGUGGCACUCCAGGAGGCCCAACCUUCGAGGUCCUCGACACUACACCUUUCCCAAUCGGAACCACCACACCCCUCAACCCGAAUCCUUUCUCCCUCGCCAUGGACGCAAGCAGCACAAACAGUCCAAGAAUCCCACAGACCCUCACAAAGUUCAUAGAAGCAGGAACAAUCAACACCGACAUCAUUAAGAAUCCCAACCUGGUCCUCCAGAACGCCAUCAACGGUCUGAACAUCAAAGAAAACAUCACGUUCGAAGUUUCCACCGGCGGUCCCACUGAGACCAUCAACGGCGGUGGAACCGCCAACAUCAGUUUCCUUGCAGGCACGCAGGAACUCGGCGCCACCUCCGCCCCCGAUAAACCAAACGCCCACGCGCCAUUCAUGCGAUCCAGAUUCUGGAUCGAGACGGUCGCAUACGACGUCAUUGUUCCGAGAUUCACCAAACCUUGCACCGUUUUGCUGAGGCCGACUAUGCCUAGGGACGCGACGGCCCCUACACCCGUUUUCGCUGUUACGGCGCCGGCGAAGCUGCCUUCGGAGGCGAAGACGAUCUUGAUCCAGGGCAUUCAGAUUCAGUACUCGCAGACUGUGUUUUUGAACUUUGCGGGUCUUACUUGGCCGCAUGUUAGUGUUGCUACUCUUGUUCCGAAGAAUCCUCAGCCCUUCACUAUGACUUCUUGAGUGGGGGUAGUUAUCUGGUGAAAUUGAUUAUGGUGGGCAGAGAUACAUGAUCACAAUCGAGUAUGAAUAGCUACGUAGUGUUCUGCUUAUUAAUGAAUCUCAUUGUUCUAUGAUCUUUGUCUCAUAUGCUUGAAGUACCCCGGAAUCAAACACACCGGCACAACAUGAUUAGUAUGUGCUAUAGGGUUCACGGAUCUUACCAUGACAACCGCAAAUUUAAGCAUACCUCUGUCGUAUAAAUAAGUACAACAGCACGCACGACACCUGUAUGGUACCCCAGCCUGCAGGUUCGGAAGAAAGCGAUGUUCUAAAGAUAAAAAGAAGAAACCCAC